AGUCAAAAGUCAAAACACCGACACGCAUCUCCUUCCCUUCGUCACCAAUCUACACCCAUCUCUCUCUAUCAAAUCUCAUUCAAUCAAAUCACACAAACCCUAAUUCUCCCAUUUCCCCAAUUCCCAAUUUCACACACCCAGAUUCAAUUACCUCAAUUUCAACCUUCACAUGUCAAAUUCAUCCUCCAAUUAACUCCCAUUUUGGCUCAAUUAUGGAAUCCCCAAAAGGGCCAAGCCCUAGACUCAACACAAUCACUAUACACAACGAAACCCUAGAUCCCCACCCGUUUGAACCCACCCACGUGACCCGAUCCGAUCACGUGUUCCAAUCCUCCAGUGCAUUGGAAAUCCUACGAGAAACAAUCAGAAUCUUGAGGUAUAAUCUCAGUGGAUUCAUGGCAAUUGGGGCUGUUUUAAUCUGCCCUGUUUCAGCUGUUUUAUUAUCCAAUGUUUUAGUUGAUGAAUCUGUUGUUAAAAGACUUGCUGUUAGAAUGUUAUUAGUUGCGAAAUCAUCUGGGCUUCCUUUAGGAAGUUUUGUAGAGCAUUCGGUCCGUAAAUUCUCGGAAACUGCGGUUUCGACUGUAAUGUGUUUCCCUUUGUAUGUCACAUUGUUGUUGAUUUCAAAAGCUGCUGUUGUCUACACUGUCGAUUGUACUUAUUCGCGUAAAACGUUCGAUUCGUCGAAGUUCUAUGUGAUUAUGCGAAAGAUCUGGAGGCGGAUUGUUAAAACGUACUUGUUAAUGUGUACGGUGAUAAUCGGGUGUCUCACUUUGUUUCUUGUUUUACUCGCGGGUGUCAGCAGCGUGCUUUCGGUUAUCGGGUUCUCCCCGGAUUUGAUCGCGUACACUGCGGUGGUAACCGGGUUGCUUUUCUCGGUGUUUUUCGCGAAUGCGGUUAUUAUUUGUGAUCUUAGUAUAGUGAUUUCGGUGUUGGAAGACGUGUCGGGAUCAGAGGCGUUGUUGAGAUCUAGUGUUUUGAUCCGGGGUCAGACGCAAGUGGGUUUGAUGAUCUUUCUUGGUUCGACGAUCGGUAUGGCGUUUAUCGAGGGAUUGUUUGAGCACCGUGUGAAAACGUUGAGUUAUGGAGACGGGUCUUCGAGAAUAUGGGAAGGUCCGCUUUUGGUGAUAAUGUAUAGCUUCGUGGUGCUUAUCGAUUUCAUGAUGAGUGCGGUUUUUUUCUUCAGUUGCAAGUCUUACAGUUUGGAAAACGCGUCUAAUAUUGAGUGUCAGUCGGUUUUAGAGGCUUUAGCGGUUACACCUGCAGCAGCUUCAGAAGUUCAAUAACAGAAUAAAGUAGUGAAAUUGUAUGAUUAUGUGAGGAGUACAUCAACAGGAUAUCGGAUUCGUAGAUUUAUAAACUCAUUUUUGGCGGCGGAUGAAGACGUGCAGCAUUCAAAAGCUUGGUCGCUUCGAUCCGUUUUGGGAGUUUUCGUUAUGUUUUUUUUUUGUUUCGAAGGAGAGUUCGAUAUGUUGUUAAUUUCUUGAUUGGUGUUGCAUGAAAAAUGAUAUGAAAUUAUUUAUAGUCAUAGUUGUUUUGAACUUUGUGUA